UAUUUGUGUGUGUGUGAGUGAGCAUGUGUGGAGAGAGAGCGAGAAGAGUCAGCUGGUCGUAAAGUGCGGGUUGAGACCAGUGCAUGUGUGAGUGUGUUUUGACGUAUGCAAGCGUGAGUGUGCGUUUAUAUGUGUGUGUACGUGUGCAGGGAAAGCACUUCGGGGGUGGGGGGGACAAGGUGAAGACAACGGAGCAGCGGCCGGAGUUUUUUUUUUUUUUUUUGGAGGGGGAAGCAGUUUGUGUGGAGCUCCAGACGAGGACAGUCGUAGCGCACCGGGUGCUGCUCCGCCGUGCGUCCUGGACACGAUUCCUGUGCUGCGUCAGGCCCUUUCAUUACCGGUGCUGGUGAGACCAGUGGGUGUCAUUCCCUACAGAGGGAAGAGUGAAGGAACACCAUGGCCUUAGCAGGAUGCCCUGACUACUUCUUAUGUCACCCAAACUACCAGGAAAGCAUGGACCGCACUUCCUCUCGCCGGCCUGAGGAGCUGAUGGUUCCAGGUUUUCAGCGUUCGGCCAAUCAAAAUUUGCCACAUCAUCAUGACGAUGACGUGGACCUGGAGCAGCUGGUGAAUGAGAUGAACUCCUCCAUGGAGAGUGUGUACUCUACACAGGCAGACACGGCGCUACUCCUGAACAAUGGGCACGUUCAUGCUACACACAACCACCAACACCUUCACCAUCACGUGCACGCCGCGUAUCCGGGACACAGCCAGGCCCACCGUCGUCACACCCCGCCCCUGCCCCCUUCCUCACCCUCCAGGGAGAGGCUGCGGCACUCUCAGCCCAUGCACAUCCAAGCUGUCAGGUGCCUGCAGGAAGAGCAUCAGCUGCGUCCAGCCUCCCUGCCGGCCAUCCCCAACCCUUUCCCUGAGCUCUGCAGCCCAGCAGGUUCCCCUGUUCUCAGCCCUAUACAGUCCUCUGACAACCAUAUAGUGAAGGUGUGGAGCGAGGAUGGGGCCGGUAAAGUGGUGGAGAUACCGGCAGACAUGACGGCCAGAGACGUCUGUCAGCUCCUGGUCUACAAGAGCCACUGUCUGGACGACAAUGCCUGGACGCUGGUGGAGCACCACCCCAUCCUUGGCCUUGAGAGAUGUCUGGAGGACCACGAGCUGGUGGUUCAGGUUCAAGCCUCCAUGAGCAGCGACAGUAAAUUCCUCUUCAGGAAGAACUAUGCCAAAUAUGAAUUCUUCAGGAACCCCCUGAACUUUUUUCCAGAGCAGAUGGUGGCUUGGUGUCAGGAGUCUGACGGCUCAAUCCCUCAGUCACAGCUCUUACAGAACUUUCUGAACUCCAGCAGCUGUCCAGAGAUCCAGGGCUAUCUGUACAUGAAGGAGCCUGGACGCAAGUCCUGGAAGAAGCUCUACAUGUUCCUGCGACGCUCGGGUCUCUAUUACUCUACAAAAGGAACAUCCAAGGAGCCCCGGCAUCUGCAGCUGCUGUCGGAUCUGGAAGACAGUAACAUCUUCACCAUCAUCACAGGCAGGAAACUUCACAAUGCCCCCACAGACUACCAGUUCUGCAUCAAGCCCAGCAAAGUGAGGAGUGACUGCAAGGAACUAAAGAUGUUGUGUGCGGAGGACGAACAGAGCAGGACCUGCUGGAUGACUGCCUUCAGACUGCUCAAGUAUGGGAUAGUACUGUAUCAGAGCUACAACAUCCCCCAGCAGAGGAAGUCUAACCUCUCACCCUUCUCGGCGCCUGUGCGGAGUGUAUCUGAGAACUCCUUGGUCGCCAUGGACUUUUCUGGACGGACCGGUCGUGUCAUCGACAACCCUGUUGAGGCCCAGAGUGCCGCCCUGGAGGAGGGACAGACCUGGAGGAAGCGGAGCCAGCGUAUGAAUGUCCUGGGCAGUCCCAGCCCCCUGCAUCCUUCCUCCCUCAGCACAGUGAUUCACAGGACACAAGUGUGGUUUCAUGGUCGCAUCAUGAGAGAGGAAGCCCACAAAAUGAUCAUACAACAAGGCCAAGUAGACGGGUUAUUCCUGUUGCGGGACAGUCAGAGUAAUCCCAAGGCAUUCGUGCUCACCUUGUGCCACCACCAGAAGAUCAAGCACUUCCAGAUCCUACCGUGUGAGGAGGAUGGUCAGGUGUUCUUCAGCCUCGAUGACGGCGCCACCAAGUUCACCGACCUGAUCCACCUGGUGGAGUUCUACCAGCUCAACAGAGGAGUGCUGCCCUGCAAGCUCAAACACCCCUGCACCGCCGUGGCCUUGUGACACUGCAAUUCCCCCCCCCUCACACACACAACACACACACACACACGCACACACGCACACCUACACCUCCACCUCCACCCUUUUUUUGCACACCUUUCACUCAGAGACUCUGCCCCUUCCCUUCCCUCAUCUGCCCCUCCCUCACCAACGCAAUGAGGUUGAGGAGAUAGAGAAAAGUUAAAGGUCAAGUUUUUUGGGGAUGUGAACAGUUCAGCAGCAGCCAGCGUCACAGGUUUGAUGUCCCCAGUGCGCCGUGCUUUUCUCUGCCUUACCGCUGUUUGGAUGUUUGAGUGGGAACCGUUCGGACACUGCAAGCGUUGCAGAUUGUGGACCCAGCAGACGCCCAGCUCCUGCGAUGUUGUUACGGAGACUCGGUUGUUUUGUAAUUGCUGUUUUGACCCUUGAGAGAGACCAUUCAUUGUGUUGUGCUAAGAUCUGUUAAGCAGGAGUGCUGCGGGUCUCUUGGAUGGAUCCCUCCACUAAAGUCCCUCACCGUUCUUCUCCCAUCAACCCCCCCCCCCCCAAUCCUCCAGGCCUGAUAAGCUGUGGUGCCCGCCCCACCCUCGCUACUGAGGCGGGCGGGGAGCGCCACCCUCUGACUUCCUCAUCGAUCAUCAGGGAUGGACGGGAACCUCUCUGGAUCUUAUCAAACUCGACCCAGGAGUUUUCUCAACCUGUGCAGUCCAGUCUGGAUAAGCUGACACCCUGCUGUGUCCUAUUCCACAAUCCCCCCUGGUGCAACCCCCCCUUACCGCCGAUCCCGCCGCCAUACAAGCUCAGAGAAAAGUCGGAAGAGAAGAGAGAAGUAGCUAAAGGCAAGACAAGCAGUGCAGUGGUGAGGGUUUGCUGAAAGGACAGAGGAAUGUUUAUCAGGAAGGCUGCAACAGGCCUCUCUUGUAGAGUUGAUUACUUGAUGUCAUUUUAAUGCUGUUUGAUUACUGUUGAUUCAAUGCAGAACUAGUUUUGCACUCCCGGGCGGACAGACGACAGCUGUUCCCUCUAGCUAAAUGAAGCUGCCUGCUCUCCGUUCGUCGUCCUCCUCUUCCUCCUUCACCCCCUCCCUUCCUACCCCCCACCCCUUCUGAAUAGCAUGCAUGUGAAUUUCCAUCAGCUCUGAUUGGAUUACAGUGGCGUGGGAGCAGAGAGUCACGGCUGAUUACGCAGUGCCUUUCAGAAAGGUUUGGGAACAUCUUGGACCUACGUGUGGCUCGUACCAACAUGACCACACCACUGGCAAAGAAAAAACAAAAAACGAAUGUGCUCUUGACCUGGCCACACGGUCUCAUGACUGUGAGGAAGAGGAGGAAGACUGUUAAAUAGACUCCUGAAAAGUGUGUCCACCCCCAAGCUUCUACCAUUUCAGUCAUUUUUUUUUUUUUUUAAAUCAAAGGGUUAAAUCUGUUGGUGAAUUUGUCUUUGAAUGUUCAUUUUCUUUUCCUAAGUCUGUCUUGAGCUCACUACUUGCACAUUUAAAUUAACCUGAUUUGAUAUUGAUGGGUUGGAGCUGUCACGUUCGGAUUCUGACCACUGUUUCCCUCACUCCAGAUAAGACAAAUCAACAAAAGCACUCCCAUGACUUUUUGUGUUUAAAUAUGGAAUUGAACAAAUGACUUGAAAUGUGAACUCAGUCCAUUGUGUGUCAACACACAGUCGAAUGAGCUUCACUCGCCUUAAGUGAAAAUUGUGAGCCUUUUGUGUAAAAUCAAAGCUGUAUUUGAAUGCACAUACAGUAACACAUAUACGAUUUUAAGAUGGAAGAACAUUGAGAGUUUUAAAGAUUAUGUUAAAGGGACAGUUUAACAUUUGUGGAAAUACUCUUAAUCACUUUCUUGUCAAGAUUUGGAUGAGAAGUUAAAUUUGAACCUGCUGUCAGCAGCUGAAAACCGGAAACCUGGGGAUUUUAGCUAACCUGGCUCUGUCCAAAGGUAAAACCAGCCUACUAGUACCUCUAAGCUAACUGAUUCUAUAUUUUCUCUAUAUUUUGUUUAAUCCAUACAAAACAUAUAAAAGUAAAAAUAGAAAAGCAACAGUUUGUGGUUGGUUUUGCCUAACUUUAGCCUCUUAUUUAGCGUAGCAUCUAACGCUGAGCGAGAAGAUGAAUAAAUGUAUUUCCUGAAAUGUCAGACUAUUACUAUAAAGUAGAAAUCCACUGAACAACAAUUCAGAAAACAGGUACUGAUGAUGCAACUGUGCAUCUCUGGGCCCCAUUUUCCUGUUUGGUGCUGUAUUAUUUCUGCAGAUAAGUGGCUAAAGUGUAACAUCCUGGUCAGAUAUUUCCAGCAGCUGCACAUUAGUUUGGUAGCAUCAGGUGGUUAACAUUCGGUUGUGGUGUCAAUCCCUCAGAGUCAUCAGUCAUACAGAGAGGAAAUCAUUUAUGGCAGAGGUGAGAAAGCAGUUUCUACACCAGCAGUCACCUCAGUAGACCAGAAUGCAUCACAGCCAACAUGUUGCAUUGUCAGGAAGAGCCUCUAUCUGUGUUCCAGAAUUAUUUUACAGCGAGAUGAUUCGCUCAAAAUUAAGUGGCAACUAUUUUGAUAAUCAGUAAUCAAUACUUUAAGUGAAAAUGCCAAAAAGUGAUGAUCGCGUUCUCUCAAAUGUUUCACAACAAUUCAUACAUUUAUCAAGGAGAUUGAUACAUCAAUCAACAUCCACUAGCCUUAUAAUUUGUCUAGUUUGCUCAAUUGCUUUGACCAAUAUUUGAUUGAAAAUGACGUGGUCAUGCCUCUCUGGUAGUUGUUGAAAAGCAUUCUGGGAUAUUAAGUGAGAAGGAAACAUGACAGGUAUACUAGAAAGGUUGGUUUAGAUGGUGACAUUUUUAAAUUAAAACAUCCACUUUAAAGCCAAUAUGUAGGAGAUUUGAAAAUGUUUGGCUCUAGUGCCCCCCAGUGGUAGAAUUGAAAAAGACACUAACAGAGUCAAUGAGACUGAAUGGGCUAAAAGCAGCACUCAGACUGCAUGAAUUGAUCUAAUUUUUCUACAAAUGAAGCAUCAUGUCAUUAGAUUAACUAUUUUCAUGCUACAUUUACAUAAACAGAUCAUCUGAAUAGAUUUUUUUUUCUUUACAUUUGUCCCUGACUGUACUGAAGGAGCCUAGAGAAGACAUGUUUGGGGUCCUUUAUUCUUCUUCUGCCCUCUCCUGCUGUCGUGUGACCAGUAAAUAAAAAGCUGCAGGCAUGUGACAUAACACCUGCUUAGCCUCGUCCUCCUCCCCUCCCGCCCUCACCUGCACCUCCCCUCCAUCCUGUGCCAGAUUCGCAGUGAACAGGGUUAGCACGAGGCCAUCAGACUCCCUGCCAGGCAAACUAAACUCUCUAAGUACUGUCAUUGACACGCAAGCCACUGCCGCCACUGGUCCACCAAUCGUGUGACUUGAUUGACUCACCAGCUCUGGGCUCCACCAGUCAGGCCUUUUCUAGUCAGGCAGGGCAGACUCUCUCCAGGGAUUGGAUAAUGCUUGAACCCCCUGCCCCCUAUCCCACCUGUGUCCAGCCUGUAAGCUAUGACCCUGUGGUGAAUAAGUGUGUGUAUGUGUGUGUGUGGAUGGCCAGACUGUUAUUAUUAUAUUCACUAUUCAGGAUUGCUAACUCUGCCGGUUAUCAUACUUGCCUUUUAGAGACAGUAAGAGGAAAGUUGCUUGUUGGUCGGUUAAAGUCAAGCUAAGUCGUGGAUUUAGAGGAGACAGGAGUUUGGCUGGAGGUAUCCCAGCAUUCCCAGUCCUCAGUCGAGGUUCUUUCCUGUCGGUCAGAGAGGGAUGCAAAGCCACAUCGCUAUGGGUCAGCGGGGGACGAAUCACCAUCCUCUCCUCCUCUCUCCAUUUUUAAUCACUGUGCUACAAUGCAAUCCUAUACACAAGUCCAAGUAUAUGACUAUACCAGUGUACAGUAUCAUUUGUUUUCUAAGUAUGUGAAGCUAUGGAGACGUAGAUCUAACACUGUACCUAGGUCACAGAUCACUAUGUAUGGGGCGUUAUGCUUUUGCUCAUAACUCCAUGUAAAAUGAAGAAUGAUUUAUUUUGUCCUUUUUUCCAUUAUUUGAUUGUGUGUAUAUUGACAUUAUUGUGUAUUUUCUUUGGUUUGCCACAAAAUGACCUUUUAUAUAUAUAUAUACAUAUAUAUAUAUAUAUAUAUAUAAAAAGAAUAUACCACAGUAUAUACAGUAUUAAAUUAAGCUGUUUUUUAUUUUAAGAGAUCAAACUGGAUUUUUGGCAUGUGUCAAAUUUCUUAACAUCAGUUGUGCAUAUAAGCUGACAGGCUGACAGAGUCUUCAUCUCUGCCAGCAUCCAAUUCUGAUGCCAUUUUGUUUUAAAACAACAUCUUUUGAAUAUCCCCUCUAUCUCUGUCUGUCACGCCUGAUUCCACUCAUUUACCUUCAAGAAAACACUCUAGUAAAUGUUUGGAUGGAUAUUAACCUUCAACACACAUGCACACACUUACACACAUACACCAGUGGGUUUCCAUCGCGAGCACACACACACACACCAACACUUAACCCUUUGGGGAUAUUCUUAGCAGCUUUUGUACACCUUUCAUCACAAGUAGUGCAAUUAUACGCUGUAGCUCAAGAGGAUUGUGCAUUUCAAUAUGUCCAUUUACUCUGAUUUUAAGGUGCAUAACAAAGUUUUUUUAAAUGCUUUUUCUUAACUAAGCCUAUUCUUGCAGCAGGUGCCUCUUGUUUCUGAACAUUAACGAGUUCAUAGUUUCCAUCUGUCCACUCACUGCAUUCAUUUACAGUUAGCUGUGACUGUGAAACAUAAUCCUACUGGAACUAAAUCCUAAUGUCAGGUCAACAUUACAUACAAGUUCCACUGACACUGGUGACUCACAGUGUAGGUGCAAGUAAAACUGACUCAGUGUUGGUUGUGCUUUAUUUUUGGGUUGAAGUCAUCAUAAGCUGAAGGCAAACAAACAUUUCAGGGAAUGAAAAAAGAGCAAAUGAACCAUAAUCUUAAAAAAAAUUCAGACCCCCUCUGCCCCCCAACUGUACUUUGCUUCACUCUGUCUGUACGGCUCCUGGAUCUACAUUGUAUCCUGUUCAGGUAUUUUUGUACAAAUAAGGGACUGAUAUAUUCUGUGUUUAUUGGAAAUUAGAAUAAAAGACAACAUUGCUAUAAACCAAAAA